GCAAACCCUCGCGCCGCGAGCGCCGCACCGCACACUCCCGUUCACUCACCAACCGCUGCUAUAAGUCUAUUAAACACAGCGGCUCAGAUCCGCGCCUCCACCCCCAGCCACCGCACACGCACAACACCAACCGGCACAAUGGCCGCCUCGCCCCGCCUCGCUAUCCUGGUGGUGCUCCUGGCGGCGUCGUCGGCGCUGGCCGCGGCGCAGAAGGCGAAGGCGAAGCCGGCGUCCGGGCCGGCGGGGGCGGCGGACGCGUUGCCGCCGACGGACGUGAACAAGGCGCUCAAGGACGACCAGUUCAGCGAGUUCAAGCAGCUGCUCCACGACACGCGCGUGGACACCCAGAUCAACGCGCAGCUGACGGACAGCUACAACGGGCUCACCAUCUUCGCGCCCACCAACGACGCCUUCGACAAGCUCAAGGCCGGCGUGCUCAACGGCCUGUCGCCGCAGGACCAGAUCCAGCUCGUGCUCUACUGCGUGCUGCCCAGGUUCUACAGCCUCUCCAUGCUCGGCACCCUCAACGGCAAGGUCAACACGCAGGGGUCCGGGCACGACGGGCCCUACAGGUACGACAUCAAGCGCGCGGGCAACAACGUCAACAUCUCCACCGGCGUCAACUCCAUGCUCCUGGGGAGCCCCGUCAGCAAGGACUUCCCGCUCGCCGUCUACCCCGUCGACAAGGUGCCGCUCCCCUACGAGCUCUUCGGCCCCAAGCCGCCCACCCCGGCGCCCGCGCCCGCACCGGCGCCGACCAAGUCCAAGACCAAGAAGAAGCACAAGAAGUCCACCGGCAUCGCCGAGCCGCCCGUCGCCGACGACUCCACCGCCUCGGACGAGGACAAGAAGUCGGCGGCCGUGCCCGGCGCCGGGGUGGCCAGGUGGGUCGCCGCCGCGCUCGCCGCCGCGGUCGUCGGCAGCCUCUUCUGAGGAGGAUAAUAGAACCAUCGGAUCGGACACAUUCAGAUCAGAGGGUUGUGAUCUAUGGACGAGAUCUCUUGCUGCGUCGUGCAUUGCCAUGCACGAUCGAGCCUGCUGGUGUCCCGUGCACUCAUUGAUCGAUCGAUUUAUUGAUCCUGCCUGUACCAUGCAUUUGUGCUGCUGCGUGCGUGCGUGCGUAUGUCCAUCGGCUUUAUUCUUUCUCUCUCUCUCUACCUCUCCUUUUUUGGGCUUCUUGGUGAUUUGUAUUUGUAACUUAAUGUGAUAUACACUAGUACUCCUUUCAUUGGAUUCCA